CCGACGAACGCCACGUUUGGGAGCGUCGAGAGCGCGCACCCACCCAGCGUUCGUCUCGAUGCCGCCCCAACCCCCACCGCCUCUCAGAUGCGCGUUCCACUCCAGUCCGAGGGCUUGAAGAUGCAGGAGAAAUGGCCGUGGGGACAAAUGACGCUCAAUCUUCUUUUAUGACCCACGAAGCAGUCUAAAGAAUACAAGGCUCGAGUUUGGAUUCCUGAACCCAUACGGACAUGUCGUCGCCCUCGCUGCCGUACGGUUCCAAAAAGCGGGUCAAGAUUCACCCCGACGCGGUGACGGCAAAGUACGCCGCUCACUUACCCCAGCCGGGUGACGAGGGCUACGACGACGCCCCUUCCUUCGAAGACUUUGGCGCCUUUGCCGAAGCCAACGUCGGGAAGAGGCUGGUGACUGAGAGCAAAGGCGGCAGGACUUUGUUUGGAACGCUGGAGACCCAGGCCAAGCCGGCCGGCACCCCCAGGGACAAGGGGGUGGGCGGUCAAUUGGCCAGUUUCGGCGAGGCCAACGCGCUGGCCUCCAGGGCUACCUGGAUGGCCCUUUUCGGGGCGGCGGUCGCUCACGGCUGCGUGGCCCUGAUCACCCGUCUGGCGGCGGAGCGCUCCAAGGUGCCCUCCCUGGAGUUGCUCUUCAUCCGCUCGGUGAUCCAAGUGCUCUCCGUCCUGGUGGUCUUCUACCGCCGCGAGGCUCCCUUCGGACCCAAAGGCUACCGACUGCGUCUCUUCUUCUACGGCGCCUGCAACGUCAUCUCCAUCACGUGCGCCUACACGUCCUUCGCCAUCGUGCCGCCCAGCAACGGCACCAUCAUGUGGCGCGCCUCCACCACCGUCUUCAGCGCCGUGCUGGCGUUCCUCUUGCUGGACGAGCGUCUGGCGUACGCGGACGUGGUGGCGGUGGUGGGCAGCGUCUUCGGCCUGUGCCUGGUCACGGUGCCCAACGUGGCGGACGAAGACAAGUCCAGGCUGGGUUUUUGGAAGGAGGCUUUCGGCUACACCAUGACGGUGAUGGCCGGCCUGACCGCCGCGCUCUCCAUGAUCGUCUACAGAGCUAUCAAGGAGCGGGUGAGCAUGUGGACCGCGCUCUUCACUUUCGGCUGGACGGGCACGGCGUGGGGCGCCUCCACUAUGUUCAUCAUGCAGGAGCCCAUCGUUCCCUUGGACGGCGAGACUUGGGGCUAUCUGAUCGGGAUCUGCAUCUGCUCCACCGUGGCGUUCCUGGGCGUCUACUACGCCCUCAACAAGUUCCACCCGGCCUUAGUCAGCACCGUUCAGCACCUGGAGAUCGUGGUGGCCAUGUUCCUGCAGCUCAUCGUGCUGAGGAUGAUCCCGUCGCUCUACGACGUGCUGGGCGGCUCGGUCAUCAUGAUCAGCGUUUUCGCGCUCACCGGACUCAAGCUGUACCGGGUAAGCAGGGCCGUCCGGCAGGAUUACCAGGAGAUCCUCGACUCGCCCAUCAAAUGAGAGAUUUGUGUCCUUCCCAGUCUUUGUUUUACAGCGGCGGUUCUCAAACUGGGGUCCCUGGGAUCCCUGUGACGUUUGCGAGCCCUCCUUUGCUAUUCACUCGUUCUUUUACGGAAAGUAGCGUAGAUCUAGCGCUUGGAAAAACAAACGGAGCAGGAACACAACUUCCCGAAUACGGCAAUCGAGUCAUAAAGUUGGCCGCACUGCGUGUGCCUUUUGAAAACAAGCUCUUCUCUGUUCGCAGUCAGGUUGUUCGAGUCGAGUC